CCUCCUCGGCUGUUCUCUGGAAAGUUCGGCGCCCUUCCUUGAGAAUAAAGCCGUUUAUAUUGUGUCCACCUCUGUGUCAGUUACAGAUCGCAGUUGAUGAGUCAAGUGCGACACGCUUCAGUCAGGGUUAGCGUCCCAAAAGGACAGAUUGCGUUUUCUUUUCUGGCUCAACGCGAUUUCCUGUAGCUUGUUAGAUAGCUACUUUUGUUGCGAGAUUUAGUCAAGUAGACUAACGACGUUAGCUAGCUAGGUAGCCUAGCGAUUUGCUGUUCGGAUAGAUAGAAGGUAGCCGUGCAGAUACUGACUGCUAGCUGGGUAGUGUUGUUUGCUUGUUGGUUGAGGCGAUAAUUAGUUAGUCUUAAGAGCAAUACAUCAAAUCAAGAAUUGUGCGAAAGGCUGCAUAUCAGACAUGACUGCAGAAGAAGUGACCAACGGAGGACAGCAAGCCAUGGAGGGAGAAGAUAUAACACAGAAGAGAGAUGGGGGAGUUUUAAAGUUGGUGAAAAAGGAGGGCACAGGAAGUGAACUCCCGAUGACGGGGGACAAGGUGUUCGUGCACUACGUGGGCACCCUGCUGGACGGCACGAAGUUCGACUCCAGCCGCGACCGUGGCGAAAAGUUCUCCUUUGAGCUGGGGAAAGGUCAGGUGAUCAAGGCGUGGGACCUGGGCGUGGCCACCAUGAAGGUCGGGGAGGUGUCCCAGCUCGUCUGCAAGCCGGAGUACGCCUACGGCACGGCGGGGAGCCCCCCGAAAAUCCCACCCAACUCCACUCUGGUGUUUGAGGUUGAGCUGUUUGAGUUCCACGGCGAGGACGUGACUGAGGAAGAGGAUGGAGGCAUCGUCCGCAGGAUCAUCGCUAAGGGCCAGGGCUACUCCAAGCCCAACGAGGGCGCCACGGUGGAAGUGACCUUGGAGGGCAAGUUCGAGGACCGGGUGUUUGACGAGAGGGAGAUGAAGUUUGAGGUCGGGGAUGGAGAGAACCUGGGUCUGCCUGUGGGUGUGGAGAAGGCCAUCAUGGCCAUGGAGCAGGGAGAGGAGUCCCUCUUCACCCUCACGCCAAAGUACGGGUACGGGAGUGCUGGAAACGCCAAGUUCAACAUUCCGCCCGGCGCCACCCUUCAGUACAAACUGAAGCUGGCCACGUUCGAGAAGGCCAAGGAGUCGUGGGAAAUGAACACAACCGAGAAACUGCAACAGAGCGCCAUUGUGAAGGAAAAAGGAACACAGUAUUUCAAAGACGGGAAGUUCAAGCAGGCGUCGGUGCAGUACAAGCGCAUCGUGGCGUGGCUGGAGCACGAGUCCGGCCUGCAGGGGGAGGACGAGCAGAAGGCCCGCGCACUGCGGCUGGCCGCCCACCUCAACCUGGCCAUGUGCUACCUGAAGAUGCAGGAGCAGAACCUCGCGCUGGAGAGCUGCAACAAGGCCCUGGACCUGGACGACAGCAGCGAGAAGGCGCUGUUCCGGCGGGGCGAGGCGCUCUUCUCCAUGAAGGAGUUUGAGCGGGCGCGGGCCGACUUCCAGAAGGUGGUGCAGCUGUACCCCGCCAACAAGGCCGCCAAGGCGCAGGCGCUGCUGUGCCAGCGGCACAUCAAGGAGCAGCGCGAGAAGGACAAGCGCCUCUACGCCAACAUGUUCCAGAAGUUUGCUGAGCGCGACGCCAAGGCCAGUCCCCACGACCAGAAGGAGGCGGGGAAGGUGAAGGAGGGGAAGAGUGAAAAUGGCGGAGAGGUGGAGGUGGAGAUGGACGAUGGAGCCCCAGAGGAAACGGCAGCUUAGAGACCCGCCUACUUUCACUCUCUUUUUUAAAAAUGAUUUUGUUUCUUCUCAGUUUUUUUUUUUUUUUGUUUUUUUUUCCUCAUGUGUUUUGUUUUUGUUUGUUUGUUUUUUGUUUCCUUUGGAACUUUUUGUAACUUAAAAAAACAGGAUUGUGUUUUGUAGAGUGUAUUAUUUUGUGUGUGUGUGUGUGUGUGUGUGUGUGUGUGUGUGGGUGGAGACGGAGGUUUAAACUUUGCUGUAUCAGCCCUCCUCCGGAGGGACCAGGAAGGCUUUGCACUUUGCUGGAGAGUCGGCGGUGGAGUUGGCCGUGACGGUUUUCAGGCUCGCGGUUCUGCGCUCGCCCGCGGGGAGCCUCCACGCGCGUCACUCCGCCACGUGCGCGUCACUUUCGUUUCCGCGUCCGAGCGACGGGAUGGGUGUUGUUUUGGGCGAAGGGCGCAGGCGGCGAGGUUACGCUCCUUAAACGCCGCCGCUACUCCCCCGGGGAAUGGGCGGCGCCGCGGCGACCCGUCCCGCUUCUAAAGGAACUCUCUGAUUGGUGCAGGGGGGGAGCUGCUCGGCGUCUCCCCGGCUUUUUUUUCCCUUUUUUUUUUUUUCGUCCCGUCCGUUCUCUCCCCUUCCCCACCCCCUCAAAACCUCCCGAAAAGGGCUAACUCUGUUUGUGCCAGUCCGUUAUCUAGCCAGUACAGGGCCAACGCGGCCCCGGCUACCACGAGGGCCAGGAUAGUCCUAAAUCGGUGGUGUCCACCUGAAGCCUGCUCCAUAUCGAUCUGCUCCAUCGGCUUCCAGCCGGCGCCUGGCGGACAUUUUGAAGAGCGGGCGGUGAGAAGUUUCCGUCCCGGUGGAGGCUUCUGGUGAGAGGGGUUCACCCCAGAUGGACCAGAGACACACGGACACCGCUGACUACCCCCCCCCCACCCCCACAGCCGUUUGAACAAUGCGUCGCAGCGUCCCGCAGCCCCUGCCCUGCCCCCCCCGUGUGCUGAUUUUAGAGGGAGAUCCAAUCGCUCGUAUUGAAGCUGCAGCAACGUGGGUCGAACGCAGACCGCCCCCCCCCACGAAAUGAAACCGGCGAUAUCGCGCGAAUGAGUUUGUACUCGUCCUCUUGGAAAGCCUAAGAUGCAUUUGAUUCUUGUAUAGCCUGGGUAACAAAACACUGUUUGUCUCUCUUUUUGGGUUUUGUAGGUUUUUUUUUUUGUUUGUUUUGGUUUUUUUUUUUUUUAAAUGAUUGAGUGUAAUUUCUGUGUAAUUUGUUCCUUUUCUCAGUUUGUAUGGUCAUUUGUAUCAUGAAGAAUAUUUAAACUGGAAGACCACUGACGGCUUACCUCAAAGCCAGCAAAGUGAAUCUGUUUUUUUUCCUCUUGGACAAAUGUAGCCGCUAUUGCCCUGUCGUAUAGUCUUAGCAGUGCUGGUUGACACGGGAGUCUGGCUUGUUGGCGGAUCAGCGCCGCGUCGCCGGCCUGUGUCGGGAUUCUGAGAAGGGGCUGCCGUCGGGCAAGAGUGCCGCCAGGCUUGCUUCAGCUGCCACCGCCUGCAAUCAUGUGUCGGUGUGCCCUGGAUGUCUCGUUAUUAAAGCAACCAAACUCUACAGCUCCAGUGAUGGCAAUAAAUCAGUUUCUGCUUA